CUAAGGCCCCAAAAGGAAAAACCCCUUGGUUCCAAUUUCUGAAUCCUCCGCUCGAACCAACGAUUAGCAGCCAUGGUUUGGUUUCAGUGCGAGGACUGUGGUGACAAUCUCAAGAAACCAAAGCUCGCCAGUCAUUUCAGAUCUUGCUCUGCUAACAAGUUAUCAUGCAUCGAUUGUGGCCAAAUGUUUGGCCAACAAACUGUUCAAGGACACACACAGUGCAUGACGGAAAUGGAAAAGUAUGGUCCAAAGGGCCAAGCUAAAACUACAAAUGGGACACCUGGAAAACCCAACAGUAACUCAAAGCCUAAACCUGAGGUUGACAUUAAUGUUGGAUUAUCAGAACGCCCUCCAUGGUUUUGCAGUCUCUGUAACACAAGUGCUACCAGUAAGCAAACCCUACUUCUCCAUGCCGAUGGAAAGAAACACCGAGCAAAAGCACGCGCAUUUCAUGCAUCAAAGCAACCACCUAAGGAUUCAGAUGGACCCACACCUAAUACUGAAACUAAAUCUGAAAACAUACAAAAGGCCGAUUUGCCACUGAGCGAGGGUGUUAAAAAGGAAUCACCAUCACAUACCUCUGAAAGCAAGAAGAGAAAGCUUGAAGAAUCUGAAAACAAUGGUGAAUUGAUUCAUGAUUCAAAUGCCGAAUCAGAGAAAACAAAGAAAUCAAAAGGCGAUAAAGAUGUUGAGAAGAAAAUUAAGUGGAAGAAAAUAAUAACCGCAGUCCUGAAAUCCAAUUCUGAUGGCAAAUUGAAGAUGAGAAAACUACGCACGCAAGUUUUGCAGACUAUACGGGAAUCUGGCUCAACAAUAGAUGAAAGCCAGCUGGUUGAUACACUUGAGCAUAAGAUUAAUUCGAGCUCUAAAUUUGCUGUUAACGGGAAGUAUGUACAAUUGGUAUCUAAAAGUUGAGGAUCAAGGUUUUGUAUUCGCAUAUUGUUUCUCCCAGGAUCUAAACAUUACUGGUCCGACUGGAAAGUGGGCAUCCAUGCUGAAGUUGGUGUUUGAAUCUUAUUGCUUUGUAGUAAGCUUUUUAGAUGAAAAUUUUGUAAGACGCUAUUAUAAACAUCCGAGGGAGCCAAUAGUUCGAUUAUUUAAAUUGAACAGCGUUAUUGUGUUGUGAAUGUUAAGACUGUCUAAUAAUAGCGUCUGUUGGGA